AUGAUCAGAAGAUUCGCUAAUGCAGUUUGGAAGGGAUCGUUGACUGAGGGCAGUGGCGUUGUGACUACUCAGAGCAAAAUAUUGAACAACUUGUCAUACUCUGUACCAUCGAGAUUCGGUGAGAAUGCUGUAGAGAAGCAUACCAACCCAGAGGAACUGAUUGCUGCCGCACACGCAAGCUGCUACUCAAUGGCAUUGUCCGCACAGCUCAGUGGCAUCAAGUUCCCACCAACAUCGAUCAACACCACGGCCACACUCGGCAUGACCAAGGAGCCCGCUGGAUGGACCUUCACCGAGAUCCAACUCAAGUGUGUCGCCAAAGUGCCAGGCAUCACCAAGGAGCAAUUCAUGGAGAAGGCCAAGGCGGCCAAGGAGGGAUGUCCAGUCUCAAAGGCCCUCAACUGUAAGAUAACAUUGGAUGCUGAGCUCCAGAAC